AUGCAUUUCCUCUCAAUACCAAAGCUGCUGCUCGUGGCCGGCGUGCUGCUGGGCGCCGCCUCUGCUCACAACAUCCAGCUCCCUGCCCAUGGCCGCGAGUGCUUCCACGAGAACCUCCACCGGGAGGACAAGAUGACGGUCACCUUCCAGGUCGGCGACCGCGAGUUCGGCAGUGCCGGUAACCUCGACAUCGACUUCUGGAUCACCAACCCCAACGGUCAGUACGAGACCUACCAAAAGUCCACGUCCAACGGCGACUACUCCUUCGACGCUACCAUGGACGGCAAGUACACCUACUGCUUCGGCAACGAGCACUGGGGCGCCACCUCGAAGGAGGUCUCCUUCAACGUGCACGGCAUCGUCUAUGUUUCCGAGUCGGAUGCACCCCAGGACCCUCUCGAGACCGAGGUCCGCAAGCUGUCUGAGCUCGUCGCACAGGUCAAGGACGAGCAGUCCUACAUCAUCGUCCGUGAGCGCACUCACCGCAACACUGCCGAGAGCACCAACGCCCGCGUCAAGUGGUGGAACUUGUUCGUCAUUGGCAUCGUCAUUGGCGAGUCUGUCUUCCAGGUCUGGUGGCUGCGGAGGUUCUUUGAGGUCAAGAGGGUGGUUUGA